CCUGUAUCUAAAAAUGGCGCAUUUUCUGGAAAAUUUAACUGAAGUUUCCGACUGAUUACCAAAAAUGCAGACAUGAAAGCACAUAUUCGAUAUCAUUAAGAUAAAAAUGGAUAAAGACAAUCAACUGACAAUUAUAAAUAAGUGAUGUAGUAUUUAGGAGUAAUCAAAGAUGUCAUCUGAUAAAAGUGACAAUAUGGCUCAGGAAAGUGACGAAGAAAAGAAUGGAAAGAAAUCUGACACAUUUAAAGAAGAUAGCAAAGCUGAUACACCACCCAAAGAUGCAUCUAAUUCAUCAUCCACAUCUAGUAGUACACCACCUCAGGUGUCCAUAUCAUCAGCAACUCCACCCCAGGUGUCCACAUCAUCAGCAACUCCACCCCAAGGGUCCACAUCAUCAGAAACGUCACCUCAGACUUCUAAAGAAUUCUUGUUUACUCCACCAAGUCAACCCCCUCCUAAACCAUCAACUUCUAGUACCCACAACACUGAUGAGGAUAAUCUUGAUUUCAUUAAAGAACAGCUGAACUUCUUGAAUAAUGAGAGUGGAGAAUUAGCCACACCCAUUCACAAAUCUAACAAACAGAAGAGACAGGACCUUGCCAGGAAGCAUUAUGAUCUAGCAGGAAAGAGAAAAGAAUUCAGAUCACCUGUUAAGCAAUUUCUGAAGCUUCACAAUAGAGGAAUCAAAAGAAGCCCACAAAAAAUCAAACCAAGAAAGCCAAAGAGAGUUAGACGUUCCAUUGGAUUUGCAGAGAAAUCUCCUGACAAGGGCCAUAACUCUAGUGGUGCUGAUGCUGAUACAUCUGAUGAUGAUUCGUCAGAUGAUAAUUGGAAAAUAAUUGAUGACAGUUCAGAUAAUGAAAUAGACAAGGCUUUAGAAGAAAAUGCUUCAAGACAAAAUCUUACUGUUGUCAAUGUCAAGAACAUAUUACAUCAAGUAAUAACCAAUGAAGAUGUAGUUGCCAUGGUAAAGAAUACAUUGCAUGAUAUGACUGAGGAAGACUCAGAAUCCUUGUUAGUCCCAGCUACAUUUGAACCCAAAAUGACUAGAUCAAAGUUCAAGGAAGUCCUGGAAAAAGAUGGAACAAUACAUCAUCCCUGGCCAUUAUCUCCUUUGAAAAAGAAAGAAAAACUGACCACAUCAUUCUUGGACCUUCCAUUACCGGACGAUGAUGAAGAGGAAGAUGAUGAAUAUAAUCCUGAGAAAGAAAUAGAGAUGGGAAGUUAUAGUGAUGAAGACAGUGAGAGUGUAGCCUCCUCCCAGGUCAGUGACUUGGGGUCACCACGACCGUCAACGCCAGCAACACCAUCCUCUACGAUCAGUCGUUUCUCAGAUUUAGACAAAACUCCCAGUGUUCAAGGAGAUGAUGAACUAAAAAGUCCUAUGGGUCCACCAACAAGGCUUCCAGUAUCAGCCACAAAGAGCAUGCUGGGAAAAAGAUAUCACAUGGCUAUGGCAGAGUCUGACAGAAAGACUAAACAGCAAGAAGAGGAGACCAUUGCUUUAAGAACAAGAUCCAAACUUUCUUUGACAGAUACAAGUCUUUUAGAGUUAGAAUCAAACUUUGUUGCACCUGAUAUCACCUGGGAUAUGUAUGAAACGUCAUGUGAUGACAGAGAAUGGAUGACUUUCUUAACAGGAUUACAAAAAAUACCAGAGAAUGAAGACACCAACGAUGAUGAGAAUGACCCAGAAUAUAACUACCUGGCAGAGGUUGAGGAGGAGGAUAUUGACAUGGAAGAUUUGAGACGAGACAGGGCAGUACAGAUAUCUAGAAAAGAAAUGAAUGAAUUAAUGGAUGAACUAUUAGAAGCCUAUCAAGAUACUGAUACAUUAGAGGAAGGAGAAAAAGAAUUAUUAAAGAAAAGAGCUAUCGAAACAGUUAAAAUAUCUACAAAGAAAUCGACCAAGUCUGUAUUGACCAGUGUAGAGGUAGGACUUACAGAAUCACAGAGGAUACAACUAGAACAUCAGAUGAGAAAGCAUGUACAGUUGUUAUCCCAGAUGUAUGUGCUGGCUGCAGGAAAUAUACAGGAUUACCAAGAAGUCAAGGAAAACAGUAAAUUCUUACUUAAUGAAUUACAGAAAUUUAGUGAGGUGAAUUCUACAUUAACCUCCUUUUCUGCAUACAAAGCCUGUAAUUUGGAAGAAGCUGUGGAGAUGGUCAAUGAAGACAAGGAAUUUGUUCAGAUAGAUCCUAAAAAUGUUAUUGUCAAUAAUAGAAUGAGACCAAAGAAAACACAAUUAUCACCAAGCAAAAGAAGCAGGAAGACUAAUAUAGAGAAAAAUUCCAAAUCUGUUUCUCCAGAAAAAGGCAUAGAAAACAUGUUAUGUAGGAAUUAUAAACAGUUGUCAGAGAAAAAGAAAGAUUUAAUUUACAGUGUGCUUGGACAAGGGGCUAAUUUUAAUGAACCUUCAUCAUUGUUACCAAGGAGUAAUCUACCAAACUUAACAACACAACAGAGGGAGAUUUUCUGGAGGAGUCUCAUCUUCAUUUAUCCUGAUUAUCUCCCUUUAGGAAAUCUAUUGAUCUCCAGAGACUUCUCUAAAUCACCAAGAGUUUGUUUUACUGAUGCUGAAGACAAUUUACUGGCAUUAGGAUUGGAACAGUUUAGAAAUCUACCCUACCACAGACGAUUGAUUCAGAAAUUUAUGCUGCCAUGUAAAACAGAAGAUCAAAUAAAAAUUAGAAUAAAAAAUCUUACAGCCAAAAACACUCCAGAUAAUCCAGUUAAGACAUUUAAAACAGCGAAGAAAAUUCCCAAUUUUCCUGUAUUUACUGAUCCUUUUGAUGUCAAUGAAAUUAAACCAGUAAUGAGACAGGAUGCUUCAUGUUUACCAGUAUGGUGUAAGGAAAUGAAAAUAAGGGAGAUAAUUUUGCUGCACGAUGACGAUGAACUAGAAGGCUGUUAUAGUAUACAGAGAUCUAGUAGUGUCAACAUACCUGUAGUUUAUAAUAAACUGGUUACGCUUCAUCCAAAGAAAUCCAAAUCUGCACCAAAUACUCCUAAGCUGCCACAAGAAACAGCAAGACCUGAACAACCAGCUGCACUUAAAGUCCUUCAGUUUGAUGGUGUCACUUUACCAGAUACUCCAACCAGCUUAUUACAAGUUAUACCCACCUCCAAGACACUGCCAGCUGCACUUAAAGUCCUUCAGUUUGAUGGUGUCACUUUACCAGAUACUCCAACCAGCAUAUUACAAGUUAUACCCACACCCAAGACACUACCAGCAGCUCUUAAAGUUCUUCAGUUUGAUCCUGUGACAACAAGCAAUAAAAGUAACCCAUCAAGCCCAAAAGUGACACAAUUACAAGAUAUUGGUAGAAAGAGAUGUACCUCACCAGGAUUUAUUAAACUACACGAGGAUCUACAUCAAGGAAGUCCUAUUACUGUAUCAGAAAAAGAUUUCAAUACAAACCAAGGGGGAAGUAACCCAUGUCACAGCUCUCCAAACAUAACAGAAUCGUGUUCUACCCCUGUUUCAAUGGUUACAUCUUUUGGUCUGAUUUCAUCGGAAAGUACAUCGCCAGUGAGGAAAUCUGGAGCCAUCAUGAUAAUGCAUGGACAGACCCCAGCAACAUGUGCUGCACCAACCUUUGUCUUGGUCAAUAAAACAGUUGGUGCUCCUAUUAGAGGGCGUAUUGAUUCAACAAUUCUGUCGUCUGCUCUGCCAUCUAGUAUCUGUUCUGUAAUACACACAGAUAUCACUAGUUCAAACAAAGCUAUCUCUCCUACAAAACUUAUUGAUGAAAUUUCUGAAGAAGUGCAAAAUGAAUUUACUCCUCAGAAAAAAACACCAACGAAAAGAGCAGCAGAGAUUGUGGCUUCUUAUGCUCCAUAUUAUCUUUCCCCAGAACUGAUUAAAGAUACAUGUCUGAGCCAGGAUACACAAGAGAGAACACCAACCAAAUCUUCUCCAUUGUCGAUUAGCUCAUCAUCUAGUCGUUAUAGACCUGUUGCUCCAAAACCUAUCAUAUUAAGUUCCUUCACAUCGCCUGUGAAAAAGGUGUCACCAUUUCUGGAGAAAAAGAAGUUCACAAGUCCUAGACGGAAACAAUUACAAACUAAAGCUAUGUCCAUACGGCCUAAAGGAUUUGUACCAAACAAACCCCAUAUAUCACCAAGUAAAAAGGCUGCAUACAGCAUAAUAAACAGAGCAUUGAAAAGACCAAAGACAUUAUUACCUAAACCAUUUGGAAUGGUGACACGACCUCUUCAUGUUCAUAUACGAGAGGUCGAAGAUGAGGAGGAGGAUAUUACUUCAGUGGUAACAAGUGAAAGUGAGGGAAUGGAGACAGAUUAUAUGUCGGGAGAUUGUAUUGAUACUAUGGACGUAGAUGAAGCUCAACUUUACAAUAGUCCUUCGGUAUUCUCAAAUCGGCAAAAACAUAAUUCAGGCUCAAAUCGUAGUGUUGAAAGUGACGAUACUCAAAGUGAGGCUGAGGAUGCUAAUCUUUAUGACAGUCAGAAUGAAGAUGAUGUCAUAGAUGAUGAAGAUCAUUUAGCUGAUUUAAUGACCGCUAGUUCCACAAUAUGUUUUGCUUCCCAGCGACAGUGUGCCAAAGAUAAAGAAAACAGAAAGAAAGGAAUGAAAAAGAAAGAUACAACUAUAGCCAUGCUAGCUCCAGAUUUGUUGGAAGUUGAUCCACAUAAAGAUGACAAGGAUACUGCUUUUGCCCAGGCUUAUUUGAACAGAACAAAAGAGGCACUCAAAGAAGAAUCAGACAAAUAUGAACAGUUCCUUAAGAUAUUGAAUGACUUUGGAAAGUCAGAACAAUCUCCUAUUAAGUUGUACCAAGAGCUAAAUGUACUACUAUCAGACUAUCCAGACUUAGUUAGUGAUUUUGCAGGAUUUUUACUCCCAGAACAAGCUGUGGAAUGUGGCUGCUUAUUGGCAUCACAAGAGUUCAAGAGAGCAAAAACAUUUUUACGGAAAUUGGAGGUGUAUUUAGCCAGGCACCCCUCACACUACCAGAAAGUGAUGAAGAUAUUUUCUCGCUGGUCACAAAGUGAGACGAGAAAUGUAAAAGAGCUGAGAGAAGCAUUAGAACCCAUGUUAAAAAUGCAGCCACAUUUACUGGAAGAACUGUCAUUGUUUUUUGGUGAUGAGAGACCACCUGAUAGUUAUAUGACAGACUAUGAGGAGAUAACUCUGGAUGACAGCGAUGAAGAACCAGAUCCUGAUGGAUAUGAAGUAAUAGAACUACCUGAUGAACAAGACAUUAAUGGCACAAAGCUCUGUCAAUGUAACUGUCAUAAAAACACACUUGACCAAAACUAUUUGAAGAGAAAUAGACAUUGUUAUUCUUGUUGUUUAAAGGUAAUAGAUGGGGAGCUCUACUUUAGAGUUAGCAAUAAAGUAUUAAAGAAAGUUAAUGUGAUAUAUCAUAAACCCAUAAAAGCUCGAUCUAGAGAAGUCCAGCGACAAGAGCCACCUGAAACACUACCGUGGGUAGAUCCUGAGCUAGCUGAACCUACCACCCUAGCCUGGGUUGAUGAUGAUCCUAUUGCAGAGAAGGAAAAUGUAGAUAUUUCAUUAUUACCAAAGAUAAAUGGUUCCAAGAAGAAAAAAGACAGAAGCAGGUACAUUUCUGGUAGUGAUUCUCAGCCUGAUCCUGUUGUUUAUAAUACCUGUGAUCAGUCAGAAACAUAUGUCAACCAAAUACCAAGCACUACACCACCUGUUCAUGGAACUAGUACUGUACAAAGUGCUUCUCAGACUGUCAAUCAAUCUUGUACUUCACAAACUGUUCAUCAAUAUCUGACUUCUCAAAAGGAGGAUGAACUAAGUACUUCACAAACUGUAACUGAGCCUUUAGAAACUGAUAUUGAAUCUAGUGUCGUACGGGAGAUAGAAUCAUCCGAACAUUCACAGGAUAUAGAAUUGGAACAAAGUGAGAAUUCUCCUGGUCAAACUGUUAUUCAAAGCGGUCACUUUGUUGUUUUGAAUGAAGAGGCCAAUAUCUCGCCAAGAAAAUGUGAACCUACUUUGGAAAUCACUUCCAGUUCUAGUAGUACUCUUCCCUAUACAAAUGGCAGUGAAUCUACAACUUGCCCUGACAUUCUAGCCAAAGCAUUAAAGGUGGCCAUGAUAGGCCAAGGAGAUGUGUCCAUGGACAUUCCUCAUGACAGUUCACUUGGAUUUCCUGGUGUCAAAAUAAUACCUAGUCAGACUUCUGUUACAAAUGUAAUCGCAAAAUCUUUCACGGAUGUGACCCCUAUGUUAUCAUCUUGUCGGUCAGAAAAACACUUUGUGAAGGAAUUGUUUGCUUCUUCUUCUGAUAGUUCUGAUAGUAACACUAUAAAGCCUAUUAUCACUGUGUCUGAUGAAAUGUCCAAUAUUGGAGUUAUCAAAAGUUUAGAUCCCUCAGAAAAUCCAUCUAAUAUUAUAUGUACUAUAGCUAGAGAAGAAGAUUCUACUUUGUCCCAGUUUGAUUCCAUUAAGACGGGUUUUGUAGGUAGUUCUGAUCAUGCCAAAGAACAACUUCCUACUGUACCAGAGGAAGAUAGUACUGAAAAGAUGGAGAGUUGUCAAAUCUCAAAUAUCACUUUCAAAACAUUUGGAAAAGAUGUGAAAAAUGUUCAAAGAGAAAUGAGUACUUUCACUCAUAAUGAAACAAAAAUAGAUUCAGAUAAAUCAGUGACUUCUGUGAGAUCUACGAAUAUUUCUCACCCAGAGCAGGAUUUAAGUAGGUCUAAUAGUCGACUAUCAGAAGCAAAGAGUAUUGAAAGCCCUAAAUCUGCAAUAAAUAUAGUACAUCCUGAGAUAGAGUCCAGUGUAAUAGGAUUUAAUACCGACUCAAAUGGCUCAGGUUCAUCUUUACAUCAGAGUACAGAGAUCAACAGAUUGACACCUAGGCGAGCAUCAGUAAAAAAACAAGUGUCAUCUGCUAAAAAAGUAGAACAGGAAGACAACUCCUCCCCAACAGCAGAUAGCCAAUCAGAAUCAGCCAGUGAACUGUCAGAUAGUGGAAGUAAUAGUGUUGAUACUGUGUCUAACUGGAACAAAGAUGCUGAUCGUAUUAUAUUAGAAGUUGUGAAAGCUAAUGGACCAGGAUCAGAGACAUUUAGUACCAUAUCCAAACAGUUACGAGGGAAAACACCUCAACAGGUUUCACAGAGGUUUCAUCAGCUGUUAGAGAUAUUAGCUUGUGAAGAAACACCAAGUGAAGAGGACAGCUAACUGAAGAUUAUUAACUGUUAUAUCAAACCACAAUUCUCCCAGAAAAUAAUUGUUGUGAAGUAAAUGGUAAUAAGAGAAGCAGUAAAACAACUAAAUGUCACCAUUAAGGCUUAUUUCCUGUUUAUCUAUUUUCAGGAAUGUCUUAUAAAUGAAUCACUAUUUCAGCUUCAGUAAUAAUUAACAAUAACCAUGGAUUUUUGUUGAAUGUAAGGUUACUUCUGUGUUGCCACUUGUAAUAUUACAUUGAUUAACACUGAGAUUAAUUUUUUAUUUUUCUGACUUGAAAAAAUGAAUUUGAAGCAGUUUUUUCAUGACAUAGUGAUAUCCAUGGGGAUUUUAAACAACACAUUGUUCGCCACAUGUGUUAUUUUAACAUGAUAAAUAAGUUGUUCUCCAUCUGAACAAUAAUGUUGGUUACAUUGAUUAGUUAAAUCUGUGAUAUUUAUUAGUUCUUUGAGAGAAGUGUCAAUUAUUUUGAAAAGGCACUACAAGUAAAGGUAUAAGGAUUUCAUCAAUUGAGGGAAUAUUUAUCCCAAUAUUUACUAAGUUUUAUAAAGUAAUCUUUAAAAAAUAACAUCAACCCUUUUGUCAGGGUCAAACAUGACCAUUCUUCUGACAGACUGCAUAUAGGACUAACUAAUGUAAUUAAUACAUAAAAAAACUAUAUAUUGAACAAGUUGAUUUCUAGAUGUGUUUUUCUUUUCUGUCAUUCUGUUACCACCUCCUUGACUAAUAUUCCACAUCUCCAUUAAUUGAAAUUGCAUGUAAUUUAUCAUGUUAAUUUUAUGGUUUUUAUUUUUAUGCCCCCGCCGGAGCGGAGGGGGCAUUAAGUUUUAUCCUUGUCCAUCUGUACGUCCGUACGUCCCAAAGUUGGUUUCCGUUCUCUAACUUUAGUUGGCCUCAACCAAAUGUUAUGAAACUUAUACACAAUGCUUAUUACUACAAAAUACAGAUCAAGUUCGAAAUUGGGUUGCGUCACUCUUACAAUUCUUGAGUUAUACCCCUUGAUAAACAUAAAAACUGCUGAAUUUUUCGUUUCCGUUCUCUAACUUUAGUUUGCCUCAACCAAAUGUUAUGAAACUUACACACAAUGCUACUUACCACAAAAUGCAGAUCAAGUUUGAAUUUUGGUGGUGUCACUUUUACCAUGCUAGAGUUAUGCCUGUUUACAAAUGGAAAAAUUGCUUAAAUUUUUUGUUUCUGUUCUCUAACUUAAGUUAGCCUCAACCAAAUGUUAUGAGACUUAUACACAAUACUUAUUAUCACAAAACUCAGAUCAAGUACAAAUUUGGGUAUCGUCACUUUUACUGUUCUUCAGUUAUGUCCCUUUAUAACUUUAUAUGAUAUGCAAGCGGGGGCAUCAUCUGUGUCCAAUGGACACAUUCCCCAUUUAUUAUUUUUAUUUUUAUUUCAAGUCAGUAUUCAAAAAAUAUUUUGGAAAUUUUAAAAUCUUGAACUUCUUUUCUUCUUGGUUCAAAUUUGAAAGUCAUAUGCUCGUAUACAAUGUUAUAAAAUAUAUUUUUAUGAUGCAUUAUGAAUAACUUUCUUUUUAUGUCUAAAUUUACACUGUUUGGUAAUGUGGAAGAGUUGUUAAAUAUAAUGAGUUUAUUUACAAUAAAAGAAGAUGUUGGGGAUAUGUCAAUAAGACAGCACUUGUAAUUUAAAACUUUUGCCAUUCAAUAAGAACACAAAUAUUUGUCGAUAUUGUCCCUAUUAAAAUCAAUUACAGAAACAAGCUUUUCUUCAUUGAAUAUCCUUGGCAGUACUUUACACAACACAAUACUAUUAAAGAUAAAUAAGUAUAAUAUUCUACUCAGGACAAUAUUCACUGGUAUUGGUUCAAUAACCCUGUAAUAUAACAAUGCAGUAAAUGUUUUCAUUUCUAGCAUUUCUAGGUUAUUGUAUAAAGUAGGUCUCUACUCCUUUUAUAGUCACAUGUUCUUGUCCUGAAUAUGGCUGAACAAUUGACCCCUGGACACUUGUCCUGAAUAUGGCUGAACAAUUGACCCCUGGACACUUGUCCUGAAUAUGGCUGAACAAUUGACCCCUGGACACUUGUCCUGAAUAUGGCUGAACAAUUGACCCCUGGACACUUGUCCUGAAUAUGGCUGAACAAUUGACCCCUGGACAUAAGAUAUUCAUUAAUAGACAUAAAAGUGCACAGGCAGAUCAAAUUUUAUACAUAGUAUAGUCUAAAAAGUGGAACAAUUAUUUUAUUUUAUUGUCGAGCCUUCGACUUUUGUCGAAAAAGCGAGACAUAGCGAUCCUACAUUCCGUCGGCGGCAGCAUCCACAAAUAUUCACUCUGUGGUUAAAGUUUUUGAAAUUUUAAUAACUUUCUUAAACUAUCCUGGAUUUGUACCAAACUUAAACAGAAGCUUGUUUAUGGUCAUAAGAUAAUAUUCAAAAGUAAAUUUUGUAAAAAAAAAAUUCCACUUUUUCCGUAUUUUACUUAUAAAUGGACUUAGUUUUUCUGCUAGUUAACAUUACAUUCACUCUGUGGUUAAAGUUUUUGAAAUUUUAAUAACUUUCUUAAACUAUCCUGGAUUUCUACCAAACUUGGAAAGAAACUUAAUUAUGAUCAUAAGAUAGUAUCCAGAAGUAAAUUUUGUAAAAAAAAAAUUCCAUUUUUCCGUAUUUUACUUAUAAAUGGACUUAGUUUUUCUGCCAGUUAACAUUAAAUUCACUCUGUGGUUAAAGUUUUUGUCGAGCCUGCGACUUUUGUCGCAGAAAGCUCGACAUAGGGAUAGCGAUCCGGCGGCGGCUACGGCGGCGGCGGCGGCGUUAGCUAACUUCUUAAAAGCUUUAUAUUUUAGAAGGUGGAAGACCUGGAUGCUUCAUACUUUGUAUAUGGAUGCCUCAUGUUACGAAGUUUCCGUCAGUCACAUGUCCAAUUUCCUUGACCUCAUUUUCAUGGUUCAGUGACUACUUGAAAAAAAAGUUCAGAUUAUUUGUAAUGUUAAAUUCUCUCUUAUUAUAAGUAAUAGGAUAACUAUAUUUAGUAUGUGCGUACCUUGCAAGGUCCUCAUGCCUGUCAGACAGUUUUCAUUUGACCUCGACCUCAUUUCAUGGAUCAGUGAACAAGGUUAAGUUUUGGUGGUCAAGUCCAUAUCUCAGAUACUAUAAGCAAUAGGUCUAGUAUAUUUGGUGUAUGGAAGGACUGUAAGGUGUACAUGUCCAACUGGCAGGUGUCAUCUGACCUUGACCUCAUUUUCAUGGUUCAGUGGUUAUAGUUAAGUUUUUGUGUUUUGGUCUGUUUUUCUUAUACUGUAUGCAAUAGGUCUAUUAUAUUUGGUGUAUGGAAUGAUUGUAAGGUGUACAUGUCCAACUGGCAGGUGUCAUCUGACCUUGACCUCAUUUUCAUGGUUCAGUGGUUAUAGUUAAGUUUUUGUGUUUUGGUCCGUUUUUCUUAUACUUUAUCCAAUAGGUCUACUAUAUUUGGUGUAUGGAAUGAUUGUAAGGUGUACAUGUCCAACUGGCAGGUGUCAUCUGACCUUGACCUCAUUUUCAUGGUUCAGUGGUUAUAGUUAAGUUUUUGUGUUUUGGUCCGUUUUUCUUAUACUUUAUCCAAUAGGUCUACUAUACUUGGUGUAUGGAAUGAUUGUAAGGUGUACAUGUCCAACUGGCAGGUGUCAUCUGACUUUGACCUCAUUUUCAUGGUUCAGUGGUUAUAGUUAAGUUUUUGAGUUUUGGUCUUUUUUCUUAUACUAUUAUGCAAUAAGUCAACUAUAUUUGGUGUAUGGAAAUAUUCUAUGAUGUACAUGUCAGUCUCGCAGGUUUUAUUUGACCUUGACCUCAUUUUCACAGUUCAUUGCUCAGUGUUAAGUUUAUGUGUUUCAGUCUGUUUUUCUUAAACUAUAAGCAAUAGGUCAGCUAUAUUUGUUGUAUGGAAGGAUUGUAAGCUGUUCAUGUCUGCCUGGCAUGGUUCAUCUGACUUUGACCUCAUUUUCACGAUUCAUUGGUCAAUGUUUAGUUUUCUUGGUUAAGUCUGUUUCUUAGAAACUAUAAGCAAUAGGUCAACUAUAUUUAGUGUAUUGAAUGAUUGUAAGGUGUACAUGUAUUUCUUGUUUGGUUUAUAUGACCUUGACUACAUUUUCUUGGAUCAUGUUAAGUUUAUGUAAUAGUUGUAGUAAAGCUUUCAUUUAGGACUAUCAACAUAAUAUCAAUGGUUAGUAAAGAAGGCGAGACAUUUCAGCGUGUCCACUCUUGUUAAAAUUUUAACAACUUUCUUAAACUAUCCUGGAUUUCUACCAAACUUGGAAAGAAGCUUGUUUAUGAUCAUAAGAUAGUAUCCAGAAGUAAAUUUUGUAAAAAAAAAUUCCAUUUUUUCUGUAUUUUACUUAUAAAUGGACUUAGUUUUUCUGCCAGUUAACAUUACAUUCACUCUGUGGUUAAAGUUUUUAAAAUUUUAACAACUUUCUUAAACUAUCCUGGAUUUGUACCAAACUUGGACAGAAGCUUGUUUAUGAUUAAAAGCUAGUAUCUAGAAGGAAAUUUUGUUAAAAUUUUGUUCCAUUUUUUCCGUAUUUUACUUAUAAAUGGACUUAGUUUUUCAUCCAGUUAACAUUACAUACAGUCUGCAGUUUAAGUUUUGAAAACAUUUAUUUGAUUCAUAAACUAUCCUGGAUUUUUACCAAACUUGGACAGAAGCUACUUACAAUCAAAAGAUAGUAUAGAGAGGAAUAUUUUUAUUAAUUUUUUUCCUCUUUUUUGUUGAGCCUGCCAUAACAGCAAAAGUAGGCGAGACAUUGGGUUCCGUGGAACCCUUACGAAUUUUUUUAUAUUUAUUUAAUGUGAAUAUUGGUUUCCUGUUUCAUUUGUAUUGAAUUGAAUCUAUGAUGUUAGCUGUAAUGGGAUUUGAACAGCCAUCAAUUAAAAUAUGGGAUAACUUUGAAUUAAAAAUUUAAGAUGUCAUGGUAUAAAUUUAUUAUUAUAAUUUAACCUUAUCAAUUUAAUUUGCAUUCAUUUAAAAGAAAUAUGUGCUAUUCAAAUUUGAAAAUAAGCUAAAGUUACAAACUAAAAUAUGAUUUAAAGAAAUGUAUAUCUAACAUGAAUCUAAUUAUGUAUUUAGAAAUGUAUGAACAUUAUUUUAUUAGAUUUAAUUUAGCUUAUCAUUAAAUUUUGCUACUUAAAAGAACUGGAGUGUUUUGUCAGUUAAUGAAACUUCAGAAAAAUUUUAACUUUUAUUAAGUAAAUUGUUCAAAAAAGAAGUGCAAAUCUAGAUAAACAUUUGUCACUCAUGCAAUACAGUUUUUAGCUUACCUGACCUAAAAGGUCCUGCGAGCUUCUGUCAUCACUUGUCUGUCUGUCUCUCUUCAUAAACUUUUAAAAAAUCUUCUCCUUAGGAAAUCUUGCGGGGCUUUAUUCCUUCAACAAACUGGAUGGUGUUGCUAAUGAUAAACAUGCAAUUUUUGGCUUAUAUCUCAAAAAGUAAAGCAUUAUGAGGAAAACUUACCUGAGGCUUAAUUGACCAGCAUGUCAAGGUCUUUCUCCUACUUUAUAUCAGAAAUAUCAGACAAUUCAUUUUGGAAUUAUUGAUCCUGAAAUGUAAGUUUUUAACAAUUUUCUGAGUUUUUCGCUAUUAUCUUGAGACUUUAGUAGAUAGUGGACAAAGUUAGACCAUAACAAUUGCCAGAACAAUUAGAAAAGUCAACAUGGACAAAAUUGUCAAUUGAACCCUUAAAGGAGUGAUUGCUCUUGAAAUAUGAUAUUUACCCAUUUUAUGCAUUUUUUGCAGAAACUAUAAUAGAUAGAGAGAUAUUGUUAAUAUCAAAGAUGUUAAGCAAAAAAGAUCUACAUUGUUGACCUUUGAUUGACCCAUAAUAGGAGUCUUUACCUUUGAAAGAUGAUUUUUGCCCAUAUUUGCAGAAACCAUAAUCAAUACUAACUGUGAUUAGCAAAAAUGUUUAGCAAAUAAGUUCUACAACUGAAUCAACAUGGUCCAGAUCAUGAACUGACACCUUGUAGGAGUCGUUGCCCUUUAAAGAUGGUUUUUGUUGAGCCUGCGACUUUUGUCGCAGAAAGCUCGAUAUUGGGAUAGUGAUCCAAGGCGGUGGCGUUAGCUUACUUCUUAAAAGCUUAAAAUUUCAGAAGGUAGAAUACCUGGAUCCUUCAUACUUUGUAUAUAGAUGCCUUAUGUUAUAAAGUUUCCGUCUGUCAUAUAUCCAUCAACCUUGACCUCAUUUUCAUGGUUCACUGACUACUUGAAAAAAAAGUUAAGAUUUUUAGUAUUCUUAAUUUCUCUCUUAUUAUGAGUAAUAGGAUAACUAUAUUUGGUAUGUGCGUACCUUGCAAGGUCCUCAUGCCGGUCAGACAGUUUUCACUUGACCUCCACCUCAUUUCAUGGAUCAGUGAACAAGGUUAAGUUUUGGUGGUCAAGUCCAUAUCUCAGAUACUAUAAACAAUAGGUCUACUAUACUUGGUGUAUGGAAUGAUUGUAAGGUGUACAUGUCCAACUGGCAGGUGGGGGCUUCGGUGGCCGAGUGGUUUAAGUAGUUACUACUGUAAUCACUAGCCAGUCAACACUGAGGUUGUGAGUUCCAACCCCGCUCGUGCGUGUGCACUCGACUCCAAUCUUGAUUGACUAGGAUUGUCAGUUUUCCUAUCGAAGGUCAGCGGUUUUCUUCGGCCACUCCGGUUUUCUCCACCAAUAAAAACUGGCCGCCACGAAAAAGCCCAAAAUCGGUGCUUAAAAGUGGCAUUAAACACCAAAAAUCAAAAUCAAAUCCAACUGGCAGGUGUCAUCUGACCUUGACCUCAUUUUCAUGGUUCAGUGGUUAUAGUUAAGUUUUUGUGUUUUGGUCUGUUUUUCUUGUACUGUAUGCAAUAGGUCUACUAUGUUUGGUGUAUGGAAUGAGUGUAAGGUGUACAUGUCCAACUGGCAGGUGUCAUCUGAACUUGAUCUCAUUUUCAAGGUUCAUUGGUUAAAGUUAAGUUUUUGUGUUUUGGUCUGUUUUUUUUUAUACUGUAUAAAAUAAAUCAACUAUAUUUGGUGUAUGAAAAUAUUUUACGUUGUACAUGUCAGUCUGGCAUGUUUUAUUUGACCUUGACCUUAUUUUUACGGUUCAAUGCUCAAUGUUAAGUUUUUGUUUUUGGUCUAUUUUUCUAAUACCCUCAGCAAUAGGUCAACUAUAUUUGGAUUAUGGAAUGAUUGUAAGGUGUACAUGUCCAACUGGCAGAUGUCAUCUGACCUCGACCUCAUUUUCAUGGUUCAGUGGUCAAAGUUAAGUUUUUUUUAGUUUUGGUCCUUUUUUCUUAUACUAUAUGCAAUAGGUGAACUAUAUUUGGUGUAUGGAAAUAUUUUAGGAUGUACAUGUCUGUCUCACAGGUUUUAUCUGACCUUGACCUGAUUUUCACAGUUCAUUGCUCAGUGUUAAAAUUUGGUGUUUUGGUCUAUUUUUGUUCAACUAUAAGCAGGGUUCAUAUGACCUUGACCUGAAUUUCAUGGUUAGUAGGUCAAUGUUAGUUUUUUUCAUUCUUCAUUGCCAUCUUUAAUCACAAUAAUCAAUAUCAGUGGUAUAUCACUAAGUUAUUUCACUCUUAACCACAGUUAUCCAGCAUAUCUUCAUAUAGCGGAUAAUAACCUAUUAGUAACAAUUAGUAGUAUGAAGACACUAUGAUAGUUGUCUUCAGCAGGCCUGGCAGCAGCUUUAGUGUUCAUACAGGCAUCAGCAGCAGCGACAUUAUCUCAUUAUUUACAGCUUAAAAUUUAUAAUGUAUGUCUGAUAGCAUUUACUUUCAACAUAACUUUAAUUAAAAAUACACGACAGGCGAGUAUUUCUGUGUGUCCACUCUUGUUAUCAACUUUAUGAAUUUUUUUUCAGAAACCAUAAAGAUUGAGAGAAAUUAUAAAUUACAAAGAAGUGAAGCCAAUUUUUUACAUUUUUUGGUUAAAAAAAAACAAAACUAUAGUAUCUUAAAAACUUGAAUAGAUAAGUAUAAACUAUAAACAGUAAAAAAGAUUUUCAAUACAAGAUCUACAAACAUAUCUCUAAAUAAGAUUUACAAAUAUGCAAAUGUAACUGAUUGCAUUAGAGGUAAAAAUAAUUAUCAAAAUGGCAUAUACCAGGUGAGUGAUUCAGGCUCUUAGGAGCCUCUUCAUCUUGUUUAUUUUUCAAAAAGAAAUCAAUGUUUAAUUAAUAUCCUGUGAAGAAGAUUUGAAGUUGAAAUUACAAAUGUUGAUAUUUUACUAUGUAAGAUUUAUGUUUAAACUGCUUUUGCUUUUUGACUGUACAUAUGUUAUUAUAUUUAAUUCAGUGACUGUACAUAUGAAAGCAUAUUUAAUUUAGAUGUUGUUUGUUGAUCAUAAAGAAUGGCAUUACUGCAUUAUUUGUUAUUAA